AUGGAGUUUGACCCUGUCAACCGUGAGGUCCCAGCACCAAGGUACGAGCUCGAGUCGGGCUCUGAGGAUGAGUUCGAGGCAGGUACUCAGGUCGGCGACAACAAGUGGCAAGAGCCAUUCCGUAUCGUUUCCGGUAGUGGAGCGAGCUCCUCGACUCUCGAAUCUGGCACCCAACUUUUGGUCUUGAUAGGGAACGCAGGCGCUGCGUUGCUCUCAUCUCUGUCCGCACCAGCCGAGCAGUACUUGCUACGAACGGGGACAGAGCAACAUGCAUCAAUCGCAGUGGUCGAAUCCGUAUCAGGGGACAAGAUCACCGCGGCGCUAGUGGCACCACCACCGCAGCUUCGAUCUUGCCGCUUCCAUGACAUGGUCCAGACUCUUGUCGAGGCAGCGAAACCAUCAAGCAUCGUGAUUGUUGACUCUUACAGCCCGCAAGAGAAACUUUACCGCGACCAGUCUGCUGACGAGGACGACGGAGAUGGUGUCGACAAGCUUGUGAGAUACCUUGCAACACCAAGCUAUCUGACGAAGAACAAGGUUGAUGUGCGAGGGCUGACACCGCUUCGCUCCCCUGAAGCGGCAAGUGGACUUGGUGCUGGAUUCCUGUCCAAGGCUGUCAUCGAGAGCAUUCCGGCCAUCCUGACGCUACUUGAAGACGUGAGCUUCCAAUUACACGUCCAGCUAUAUGGCUCCUUAGGUGCUGCUCAAUUGUCUCCAGCCACAAGCGAUGUGUUGAGCACCUUGACAGGACUUGGCGGCAAGCAUCAAGCAGCAUCGGCGCCAAGCAAGACUAUUCUCGACUUUGCCGCUUCGAGACGAAUCAAGCCAGCAACCAACUUGGCAGUGCUAGGUGACGGUAACAUGUACAUUUAG